AUGGACGAGAAGGAUGCUGCCACCCAGCAUAGACUCUCAUCAUGCCUCGCACAAAUCCAGCAAAUCUUCUCAACAUGCCAGACCCCAUCUAUCACGUUGGGUGUAGUCCACCACGGCCGCGUAAUCAUGAAGAACAGCAUCGGCCAUCGCGAUAGCGAGUUGACCCUCCCCGCCGACGAAGAUACUAUAUACAUGCUGGGCUCCUGCUCGAAGAUGUUCACGUCCGCCGCGGUGGGCAUCCUCGUCGACGAAGGGAAGCUUAGCUGGACCGACCGGAUCCAGAAGCAUCUCCCGGAGUUCAAUCCAGAGGGGGAUCCUAGAAUCGGACAGGAGGUAGAUAUUAUUGAUUGUUUCCGACAUACGACAGGCCUUGCCUCGCCUAUGAUGCUCACGGUGGGUCCGCGGGGAACGAUCGCGAGCGAUCCAGAAGACUUGAUUGCCAUCCUCAACGCGAUGCCUACUCGAAACGGAAACGGACAACAGAGGUUCAACAGGGAGUGGCUCUAUAACAACGCUGCCGCGGGCCUUAUGGCUCUCAUCGUGGAACGAGUCUCAGGCCAACGGUUCGCCGACUUUGUCCGGGAGCGUAUCCUGGAACCCCUCGGCAUGACCAGGACAGCAAUGACGCGAACUGAUAUCGAGAACGAUGACAAUAUUGCCGCGCCAUGCACGAAACUAAGCAAUGGGCAAUUCUAUCAUCUCCCAGAUUCUUCGUGGCCGUGUGAUGAGCAUUCGCCGCUCCUGGCUGGCAUGGGAAUACGCAGCAGCCUGAAUGACAUGCUUACCUGGUGCAUCGCGGUGCUGGACGCCGAGCGCAGCGAGAACGAUCCGUCCUACAAACGCACUGUCCCCAAUAACCCGCUGAAACAGAUGACCCGCGUCCGUCGCGGGUACUGGACACGUCCAGCAGACGAUCCGGACUUCAGCAAGCCCGCCGCGUAUGGGAUGGGCUGGUUCCGAGUCGGUCUGCCCUCAUCAAAGCUGAGCUCGUUUAGUGGGAAUGCCCUUUCGCAGGGCAAAGUGCAUCAGUGCCACCUGGAAUACAUCCUUGGAAAGGAAGAAGCACCCUCUCCGUUUACGGCGGUGGGGCAUACGGGGGGGAUGCGAGGGUCAGUGUUCAGCGUGUAUACGUUUCCGGAGACGCAGAGUGCGGUGGUGAUUGCGACAAACGGGAGGGAUUUGGGGGAUGCGAGUGACUUUACCGCGCAGAUCCUCAUACAGGCUCUGUUUGACUUGAAGCCGGUGGUUGAUUUGCUGCCUUGGGCGAAGAAGGAGGCGGAGCUUGCGGCAGGGUUUUAUCGUGAGCAUGUUGAAGCUCCGUGGGAGGAGAACAGGCGGCCGAAUGACCGGGAGCGAGAUCGCUUGAUCUAUGUGGGCGACUACCGGGGCUUCAACGAUCGGUUCACGUUGAGUGUUGUCGCUUCGAGUCAGCCUUCUGGUCCGGUGUCUUUGGCUGUGAUCUUUAACCACCGUCCUGCCUCCAAAUGUCCAUUGAUCUUCUACCAGACCGACGUGUACAGCUUCUUUCAGCCGGAUGAGGACUAUACGAGGACACAGGUGAUUAUUGCCAGGGAGCAUAAGCAGAUGUUGCUGAAGUUCCAGGUUGAUGAAGGGGGGGCAGUGGAGGGUCUGUGGUGGCAGUGGGAUAUAGAAGCGAAGCCAGCUUGGCUACAGAAAGUAUCUAGCUAG